GUACUUAAUUGGCAUGGUUUCACGUUAGGCUGCAGUGUGGACAGGACUUGAAGCCACCGCCUGCAGGAGAGGCGUCCAGGGAGCCUCGUGUCUUCUAGAAAAACCUCCUCACUUGCGUGCAGACUGGAGCUUUAUUGCCCCAUCGCAGAGGGAGCCCGGGUCUGACAGACUGCCUCUCCCAACUACACCACACCACGAUCCGAGUUACUGAAAAAGGCUUUCGACUCAAGCCCCCCCAUCCGCCAUUUUCAGCAGAUUGAAAGCAGGUAGAGCACAAAAAUCACAAGUCCCCGGUGAAAUAACGCAGGUUCAUGUGAUAAAGAACCAUUGAGACUUGGUGCCCACAGUCCUGUAAACCUCAACAGAGUGGGUCAUGGCUAUUACUGGAGGAACGGUGGAGUCUUUGGAUGAAAUUCCAGUUCAAGUGUGGAAAGGUUUGCCAGACUGUCUGAAUCUUGGACCUUCUGCUGUGAAUCAAAGCCGCAUUGGUGUCUGGGCCACAGAAGUCAUUCCUAAAGGCAAGCGGUUCGGUCCAUUUGCUGGGGAGAAGAAAAAAAGGUCACAGGUGACCAGUAAUGUUUACAUGUGGGAGGUUUACUUCCCCGCACGAGGAUGGAUGUGCAUCGACGCCACAGACCCAAUGAAGGGAAACUGGCUGAGAUAUGUGAACUGGGCUCGUUCCAGUGAAGAGCAAAAUCUGUUUCCAUUAGAGAUCAACAGAGCCAUUUACUACAAAGUUUUGAGGCCAAUCGGGCCGGGAGAGGAGUUGCUGGUGUGGUACACAGUGGAAGACAACCCUGAGAUAACAGCUGCACUGGAAGAAGAAAGAGCCAGCAAUCUGAGCAGAAAAAACUCACCCAGGGCGAAACGAGCCAGAAGAAAGCAGCUGGAGAAAGCCAGACGGGCUGGUUUGGGUGGAUUCAAAAAGACAAGUGGAACCAAACCUACUGUCAAGGAAAUGUGGGAUGGGGAAGAAGGUGUGACGGAGGGGGUUGAGAGGCCAUCAGUGACCUCGCAAGAGCCCAGUGAAGUCCAUCCCUUGGGAAGUUCUGAGCAUAAAGAUGUGCAGGGCAUGUCAGCUACAUUGAUGGACAGUGAAAACUGGGAUGAGGAGGAGGAGGAAGAUCAAGAAGAGGGAGAUGGUGUUGAUCCUCAUGAAAUGCAUCACCAAGCUUCUCAGCAGUUAAUAGUGGCUGAUUCUGUGCAAAACAAGCAGUCUGACCCACUGCUAACCAGUGGUGAAGAAAGCCAUAAGGAGUCACAGGUGACUCUUGCAGGUCUAGAGCGAGAGGUUGAUCCUUGUCUUAAUCCUGAUGGUGAGUUUGAAGAUGAUCCCCAAGGAGAAUCAUACCCUUGUCACCACUGUGAGCGCCACUUCUCCACCAGACAAGGUCUGGAGCGUCAUAUACACAUUCACGCCAUCAGCAACCAGCAAGCACAGCUCUUUAAGUGUCGAUACUGCAAUAAAUCUUUUGGCUCACAGGUGGGGCGGCGGCGGCAUGAAAGAAGGCAUGAAAAUGGAUUUAAGAAAAGGCCUGGCUCCCUGGCUGGAGCGUCCAGUCUACUCAGUCCUUUGGUGCAAACUGAUUCAAGUCCUGACUGCACCAGUCCAAGUAGUCACUAUAUAGCCAUAGGGUCUCAGUUUACAACAGGACAUGUGCAAAACUCUGAAAUGCAGAAAAAAGAGUUGGGGCCCCCAGCGGACCGUCCCUUAGCAUUGGAUGAAAAUGGGGAGUCAAAAGAACUCCAUCCCUGCAAGUACUGUAAUAAGGCAUUUGGCACACAUACCAACAUGCGCAGACAUCAACGCAGAAUACAUGAACGGCACUUGUUACCAAAAGGAGUUCGCAGGAAAGGCAUGCUGUUACAAGAGGCAACAGCGCGACAGCAGCCCAGCGAGUCCCCCAGCACCAGCCCUCCACCCGUCUAUGUGCCUAGUGCAGACACAGAAGAUGAGGCAGACAGGGAUGAUUAUGCAGUUGACAUAUCCAAAAACAUUUCGGAAAAUCUGAGCUUCUACAUUGAUGGCAAGAUUGUGUCAACCAGUGCAGUGAGCAGUUGUGAGGUGAUAGAGGUUGAUUCAAGAUCUGCAGCUUUGUUUGGCCUAGACACGGUCAUUAUCAGCCCAAAUCAGAUCAGCCAAGCACUGAAAGUGGAGGGUCGAACGAAUGCUGCAAAGCAAAUUUCUAACAGUGGACAACCAGCAGCAAAAAGAAGAACAUCUACACCCCCACUUGUUACUGGCCUUAAAGUGGAAACAGAAACAUCAUCAUCACCAUCAUCUUCUACAUCAUCUUCAUCUAAUUUGUUAGUGGGAGGAGUGUUUCAGCAAGCCACAGAUUCAGUAGCGUUUCAACGGGAGAAAACGGUUUAUCUCUCACCUAAGCUUAAACAGCUCCUUCAGACACAAGAUUUUCAAAAAUCGACCAUAGCCCUCAUAACAGAGAGCCAUACACUGGCCUCACCACUGUCAGUCUCAUCACUGCAAGGGCCUUCAGGAAAGUUCAAAAGAAGAACUGCUUCUCCCCCAUCAUCCCCACAAGUCAGUCCUACAGGUAAAGCCGAAAGCUGUAAAACAGAAGUGGUAAGUGCACACACGCUUAAGGUGCCAAAGCUUGAAAGCCACAGCAUGCCACCUCCUGAGAGUCUCCUGGACAAAGAUGAGGGGGAUAAUCUGAGCCUCUCUGGAGAUGCAAUGCACAGCCCAGCUUCCUCUAGUAGUGGAGGAAAUUCCUGUAAUCAGCAGCCCCUGGACCUGUCAAACUCAUCUGUAAGUCAGCGAAGUGAUGAUUUAAACAAGGUGCUUGGGGAUUUGGCUUUGGAUUUAAGCUUGCAUCGGAAGACCACUGCAGAACCAGAAGUAAAGGGAACUGCAGCUCCACAGCCCCUAGUAAAAAAGAGAAAACCUAACACCAGUAUUCUUGAAAAGGUGUUAAUGAAUGAGUAUGCUGGUCUAACUUUGCCCGGAGAGGAGAGCCCCUCAGCCCUGGCAAGCAUAAGCGCUUUCAAUUCUUGCUCUCCAAAUGUUGCAUUAGAGUCUGCCCAUCCAUCUCCACCCUCUUUGACCCCUGUAACUAUGAAUCCCUCUUCGCCUGGUACCUGCAGUGUAACAUCCCCAACCCCACCUCCCCCUGUUUUACCUACCAUACCGUCUCCACCAGCUAUGCCUAGCUCUCCUCUUUCUCAACCUUCAGACUCACCUGCACUCAGACCUCUUCCUGUCCUCUCCCCCAAAAUGUCUCCAAGAUCAGCUGAACACGAGCCUUUGUCAGAUUCAUCUGAGGAUGUCUUGGCUGAGGAAAAUGAAAAUGAGGACCAUAUCUCUGAGCCACUGGAUUCCCGAAACACUUUACUUGAAGGUCCCCCCAAUUGUUCAGUUACAUCAAGUCCUCCUGGGCCUUCGUCUGUAGAUCUGCCCACUACAGAAGAUGACGGUUCUCUGCCUGCAACUGGCAACAUUGUGCUAAAUGGCAGCUCAAGCCACGACAAUGUUGCAGAAAGUGAGAAACUGAAAUCUGACUUUGCUGCUCUUGCAUCCUUACCAGAAUUGUCAUCUUCCUCAACAUCUCAUCCUCCUACAUCACAUGAGUCAUCUCCAUCACAAAUUUCGCAACCCCCCCCUCUGAUUAAAGUAAAAGAGGAGCCUCAGCAUUGUGAUGACAAGUUGCCAGUUACAAACCAUGCAGGUCAAGUUGCUGUUAGCUCUCCUCAGCCUGCCGAUCCCGGUCAGCCACCUGAAAAAGCCUCUGAAGAAGAGGAGUUUGACUCUGUGUACUGCAAGACUUUUGUGUGUAAUGUCUGUGAGGAGCCGUUCAAUUCCAUCAAGGAGCUCAGUGGACAUAUCACAGAGCAUUCCACAGAUUGGCCCUUUAAGUGUGAAUUUUGUGUUCAGCUGUUUGGCGACGCACCAGCUCUGCUGAUUCACCGGACAUCACUACAUGGAGUGGGCCAGAUUUUUGUAUGCUCAGUCUGUUCCAAAGAGUUUGCCUUUCUCUGUAACCUCCAGCAGCACCAAAAGGAUCUCCAUCCAAGUGAGACAUGUUCACAUACCACUAUAGAAAGUGGCAAACUUAGGCCACAAAAUUACACAGAUCCAUCCAGAGCCAAAGAGGAAAGCAGUCCUUCGACACCAGCACCAGAAAUUGCUGACAGUACUCCCCAAAGUGACUCUCAUGUAGCAAAUGACGAGCCUGAUGUCAAUGGUAAUCAUACAGAGGACCCCAAUGAGGAGCUGUACACUACAAUAAAGAUCAUGGCCUCAGAAGGAGGAAAACCUAAAGGGCCUGAUGUCCGUCUUGGCAUUAAUCAACACUAUCCCAGUUAUAAACCACCCCCUUUUCCUUAUCAUAGCCGUUCCCAUGCGGGAUCAGUGGCCUCUGCUACAAAUUUCACUACCCACAACAUACCGCAAACUUUCAGCACUGCCAUUCGGUGCACCAAGUGUGGCAACAGUUUUGACAAUAUGCCUGAACUGCACAAGCAUAUACUGGCCUGUGCCAAUGCUAGUGAUAAGAAACGUUACACUCCCAAGAAAAACCCCAUCCCCCUCAAGCAAAUAGUGAAGAGUCCAAAUGGAUUUGCAUCACCCACAGCAGCCACUGCAGGAGAAGGAGCUUUCCGUAGAAUGGGUCAGCCAAAGAGACUUAACUUUAAUCAAGAUACCAGUAAAACAAAAAUGAGUGCCCUCAAUAAAAAGAAAAACCAGCUGGUACAAAAAGCAAUCUCUCAGAAAAAUAAAGCUGCCACAACGGCAAAGAAAUCUGCAGUCAAAGUUGAAGAAGAGCUUGCUUCUAAUGUCUGUCCUCACUGCAGUCGAGAGUUUACUUAUACCGCAAGUCUGACUAAACAUAUGGCAAUCAGCUGUCCCAUGAAACCCAUUGUUACUAAAAAGGGUAAAAAAGGCCUAGCAGAGGUGAAAAAGGAGGGCGCUUCUGUGUUCGAUAAAAGCACAGGUAGGAAGAAAGCUUCAGAUAGUGAUGCACAAACAGAGCCAGGGGCUAAACCUCUGGGAAAGACCAGAGCUCGUAGCUCUGGUGCACCAGACCCUGAGUCCUUCCUUCCAGGCAAAGGAAAAACUGCUGCAACAGUGGGCAGACUGAAGAGGCCCGCCUCAUUCCCUGCACCAGUUUCUGCUAGCAAAAAAAUCAAGAAAGCCCAAGUUCAGUCUCUACCUCCCACUCCUUCAGCCCCUGAUACUCCCAGUGACACGGCACCACGACCAGCCAUGAGGAUGCAACGUAUGGGCAAAGUGCCAGGACCCAAGAGAUUAGCAGAGGCCAAAUCGCCACCACAACUGAAGAAAGAGGAGCGAUUCUCACUUCGUGCGAGGGAGAGAGUGGGGGGUCCGGUCACCAGGAGCUUGCAGAUGGCCACCACAUCGCCCCCUGCUGAGGUGAAAACUGAGGAACCACCGAUGCAAGAGCCAAAAGACUCUCAGGAUGUGCUGAUGAAGUGAGCCAUGGUGACAGCCUUGAGUUCUUCCUGGGAAUGCAGUAUUCACCUAUCAGGCAACCCUCUGGACUCACUGAGGCGCUAAGGACUACCCUUUUGGGGUGGUUUUAUCCAAGAAAAACAAGGAAGCCGAACUUAACUGCCUUUCCUAGGUUUAAGGAGGGAACUCUGUAUCUUUGUCUAUUUUACGGACUAAACUGAGCCUCGAUUUCUGCCAGCUUUGCAAAAAAGGAAACAUAGAUGACAGUGAGUUAAUAUAUACAACACGUGUCAUUACUUGACCCAAAACAGUAUGAUUAGGGCUCCGUUAGUUUGGAAAGCUGAUAUAUUGCAAAUGGCAAUCAUGUAUCAGUUAGGGUGAGAUAAGCUUGUUAAUUCUAUUUGUUCCAUAUGUUUCCCCCCUUUUUGUUGUUUAGAUUUCAGACACUCUUAAUGCAUGUGCAGACUGGAGGAAAUAAAAAAAUAGAUUAAGCCAGUUCCUAUGUCUCUCCCGGUGGGCACUUCAGUUUAUACAUGAUUUACAAAGUAUGUAUGUUUUGAUUUAAAUUUUUUGUAGUGAUAAUAUUGUAGAAUAAACCCUAUUGGCUUAUUUUUGUUUAAGGAAACAAAAAUCAAAAUGGCAGUCGCUUACUGCAACAAUUGGUCCUCAGGAACACUGUAUAUGUGUGUUGGUAAGUAUGUGUAUGGUUAUGGUUGGAUGUGCAGCCUGAGAGCUAUUCCUUACAUCUAAAUCUCAGACAUGUUUUUACUUGCUUCCGUUUUGUUUAUCAGGUUAGCAGGUUGUUCUAGUUGUAAAAUGAUGGGAAUGAUUGCGUUCUCCUUGAAAUAAUCAUUUUUAAUAUCAUUCAAUAAGCCCAGUGUUCGUACAGCACUUUAAAAUGAACUGCCAAAACUUUCAGCUGGAUCAGUAAGAUUUGUGUAUUUAAGCAGUGUGUGAUGGGAAUGUGUUCAGAUCUGUUGCACUCUGCAGACAUUUAUAAUUUGCCCCAAAACGGAGCAAAUGUAAUCUCAAGUACUACUUUUUACAGCUUUGCUACAAACAAAUGUCACAACUGUUUGUCCACAUUGUGCAAUUUUACACAUAAAAGUGACAAAUGGCACAUUUUUAUAGGCCAUAAUGAAAACUUUUAUAAAAAGUCUGUUGUAAGUGGAUGUUUGCAAAGUUGUUUCAUGUUUUCUUUCAAAAGCCAUGCCAUCAUGCUCUGAGAUCUGUUUUAUUGAGUCUGUAUGUUUUAAGACUGAUGGAAAAUGACCUUACUUUCCUUAUUUUCAGUUCAGUCUCUCCAGUGCUAUCCCCACCUUUUCACCCAUAACCAUUUCCACUUGUACCACAGAGAAAGCGAACACACAGGCAGUGCUAACAACAUUGUAGCAUGUUAUUGGAAAGUAAAUUGAACAAUAUAAUUUGAAGCUAAUUUAUAUUUCCAUGAGAAAUCUUUUAUUUUUUGCCUUUCAGCAUUAUGAUCAUGUAUUUAAGGAUGAACAAAGACACAGAUUCCAAAUGACCUCAAGUAAAGCAUUGCUGUAAUUGACAUAAUAAUAAUAAAAAAAAUAUAUAAACUUG